GGAUACAAGCGGUUCACUGAGGAUGUCCUGCUCAUGGUCGGAGACGUCCGAAGCACCAGAAUCAUCUUCUACGCCUACUACAUAUGGAACUGGAUAUUCUUUGCCCCUGUCCUUAUACUGGUCAGUGUGUCAAUAAUUGUUGACAACUCAACACAUCUUAUUUUUUUAAAAUUAUUUAAUCAUUUAAAUUUGGGACAAUAAAUUAAUGUGUUUUUGUUUUUGUUUUUUUUUGAAAACAUAUAUAUUGAUAAUGAAGUUCGUAACUUAUAAUUCAAAAUUAUCACGAUCUAAGAUAUGACAAAAUUUAAAUGGCCGGUAAAUGAAUAUUUUAAACCAUGAUUAGCAUUCUGACAAUGUUUUUAAUUAGUUUAUAUUCAUCACAAUGCACUCCGGCGCCCCCCCCCCACCAGACGGCCAGGCUUUUAUCUGGUUUGAUGGGGGGGGGGUGUAAGGCAUUAUCUAAUUACAGAUGAACAGUUUCUACAGACCCCCCCCCCUUUUUUUUCACACUAUUAUAAUAUUUGAGUGUUUCUUCUAUGAACCAAUCACAGAUGAUCAUUUUUCCAUGUUUCACCAGGCUAUCAUCGUGUUCGAGUGUGUCCAGUACGAGCCCAUCAUAGAUGAGCACUACCCAGACUGGGCUGAGGCUUUGGGUUGGCUCAUCGUGGCUGCCGUCAUGAUCUGGACACCGGCCUGGUACAUCAUCAAGUUCUUGGUAGAGUGGAAGAAGAACAACUUCAGGAAAGGAUGGAAGGUA